CGCGACGCGUCAAAUCCAGCCGCUAUCGUCACACCAAUCCAGCACUGCGGGGCCGUCAAACCUCUGGACGACAUCACCUAGAGUCACCCAGAGGCCGCACCACGACACUGGUCCGGGACAAGAGGCAUCAAGGACUCGGCAGACACCAGACACUACGCACAAUGGCCGACCCUACAACAACCGAGCUUAACGAGCUGUUCGCCUCGGGCGGCAAGGGGCUCGGCGCCGACGUGCUCAGCGAGCUGCGGUCCAUCAUGAACCUGCACGAACUGUCGGCCCAGGACCUUUUCUUCAAGUGGGAAUCGUACUGCAUAAAGAUGGACAUGGACGAGAUGCGCCCGGCCUACGACAGCAUCCGCGCCUUCAAGCAGGACCUGCAUGACGCCCUCCAGCGCUCCAACCGCGCCCAGGCCCACGUCAAGUCUGAGAAGCGCCCUGGCGCGACCCCGCGCACCACGGCCAAGUCCACCGACGUCUUUGGCAUGCUCGACGGCCUCGUCCCCACAACACCCGGCUCCGGCAGGCUGGGCAAGUCCGCCGCCAGGAGCAGGCAGCUAGAGACGCCCUCCAUCUCCCGCCUCAAGGCCGCACACCCGCCCAGCUCGCCAGACAACGGCUCGCCCUCGACCCUAGAGGGCCAGCUGAACGCCCUCGGCGCACUAACCCCCUCAUCCUUCCACGACCGACAGAACCCCGGAGAGGUCAUUGAGGUCCUCAACGAAAGCCUGCCGGCUCCCGAAGCGCCCAUCGCGCCCUUUCCAGAGUCCCGGAUCAAGCUCACGGCCGCAUCCGACACCAAGAAGCUCGCGUACCGGCCCAUGGCCAUGAAGCUGUCCGAGGCCUCGGAGAUCCUCGACGACCGGAUAGAGGAUUUUGCCCAGCUCGUAAUGGAGCACCACAAGCUGGAGGAGUCGGCCUUUGGCAGCGCGGCGGACCAGAGCCCCACCGAGAUCAUCUGCGUCGGUCGCGUGGCGUCGGACGUGACCGAGGGCAAGCUCAACGCCGCGUCGCUCGUGCUCGAGACGUCGCGUAGGGGCGGCGGCGGCCUGCGCGUGCCCCUGAAUCUGCAGAGGCUGCCGGGCUACCAGUUGUUCCCCGGCCAGAUCGUCGCCGUGCGCGGCACCAACCCGUCGGGCAAGGAGUUCGCCGUGGCCGAGAUGCUCGAGAUGCCGCUCAUGCCCAACGCCGCCUCGACGCGCGAGGCCCUCGCCGAGCACCACCAGAGGCUGCGCGCCGCCGGGUCCGACGCCAUGGACUCGGACGACGGCGGCGGCGACCCGAUGCCGCUCAACGUCAUGUUCGCCUCGGGCCCCUACACGGCCGACGACAACCUCGACUUUGAGCCGUUGCACGCGCUCUGCGAGCGCGCCGCCGACACGUACGCCGACGCCCUCGUGCUCAACGGGCCCUUUAUCGACAUUGACCACCCCCUGGUCGCGUCGGGCGACUUUGACCUGCCCGACGACGCGUCCGUCGAUCCGGACGCGGCCACGCUCUCGACCCUCUUCAGGUACCUGGUCUCGCCCGCCCUGGCCCGCCUCGUGGCCGCGAACCCGCACGUCGCCGUCAUCCUGGUGCCCUCGGUCCGUGACGCCGUCGCCAAGCACGUCUCGUGGCCGCAGGAGGGCUUCGCGCGCAAGGAGCUCGGCCUGCCCAAGAGCGCGCGCGUCGUCGGCAACCCCAUGACGCUGUCCAUCAACGAGGCCCUCGUCGGCGUCUCGUCCCAGGACGUCCUGUACGAGCUCGGCAACGCCGCCCUGGCCGGUGGCCGCCAGCCCGGUGGUGGUGGCCAGCAGGACAAGUUUUCGCUCCUGUCCAGGCACGUCAUCGAGCAGCGCCACUACUUCCCCGUCUUCCCCCCACUCGACCGCAAGCGCCUGCCCAGGACGGGGACCGCCGAGGGCCUCGCCACCGGCGCCGUGCUCGACGUGAGCUACCUGAAGCUGGGCGACAUGGUCAACGUGCGGCCCGACGUGCUCGUGCUGCCUAGCGCGCUGCCUCCUUUUGCCAGGGUCGUAGAAAGCGUCCUCGUCAUAAACCCGGGCUACCUCUCCAAGAGGCGCGGCCCGGGCACGUACGCGCGCAUGACGCUGUAUCCGCACUCGGCGGCCGAGCUGGACGCAAAGGAGGGAAUGGUCGGGCACGACAUCUAUAAGCGGGCGAGGGUAGAAAUCACUAGGAUCUAAUACAAACAAAGCAUAAUGUGACAAACGUAAUAGUAUGGCUUCGAGUCUUGCAAUGUAUGGGGACCCGGCGUUUACAAGGCCCCGCCGUUCUCGAGUUGUAUAUGAAC